AUGGGAAAUUGCAACGGUUGAGAAUUUGAUCAUAAAAAAUAAAAUGGUUUAUAUAUUCGUAUAAAUAAACCAUUUUAUUUUGCAGGUGAAGAAGUUCAAGGUAAUUAUAUAAAGUAAAUUUAGGUAAUAUUUAUUUGAAUAUUGGUAGGGGUUCUUUUCUUUGUUCAACAAUUUACUUAAAAGUGAAAGGAUCUGAAAAAGCAAAAUGGUCAGAAACAAAAACAAUAUGGGAAACUAUUCCAGGAACAGAUCCUCCAUAAACAUAAUCAAAAUAAGUUACAGAAUAUUAUGAUAAUGAGAAUGAGUUUUAUCAACACAAGAUUCCAGUUUACAUAUUUUAAUAAGGGUAUUCUAUGAAAUAAAAUAAUUUAAAGAAUGAUACGGUAAGGAUAAUAUACUUUUCCUUUUACUUUUAAUUUAAAAAAGAAUUUAUCAGGAUCAUUUGAAUAUUUAGAAAAAGACUGAGAGUGUAGAAAUAGAUUCACCAAGUAAGAGCUUAGAUAAGAUUAAAUAUCAAUAAGAAUUUUUAGUAAGAGAACCUAUUAAAGAAAUUGUUAAAUAAACAGAAGGAUAAUAAGUUUUGUAACCUACAUCAUGUUGUUGUAUAACAGCAUGGGAGUAAGUUAUAUAAUAUAUAAUAUAGACGAUAUUUUUUAAGUUUCAGUUUGAUAAAACAGCUUGUCAACCAGGUGAUAUUGCUCAAUUAUAAGUAGAAAUUGAUAACUUAAUCAAAAGUUAUUGAUAACUUAAUCAAAAGUUAACAUACCUGCUAUAACAGGUAAGUUAACAAAUACAUUAAGAAUUGUGAGUAAAUAAGGACUUUAUAGAUUGAUACAUAGAGUAUGUGGAAACUCAAUUAUACCAAGACUUUAACCAGGUUAAGCUUCUUUAAAUGAAUAAAGAAAGAAUAUGACAUUAACAUAGAUAGAUUAAAAUUAAAAUAAACCUUUAGAUCCAACUACAAAUGGAAAAGUUGUAAUGAAUAAUUAUCAACUCUCUGCUGUUGGAGAAUUAGAUGGAAUAUGUUUAUGUUGUACAUAAACUCCUGGAAUUGAAUUUCCUCUUAGAAUCGUUGUUAAACAAUAUCAAGUUAUGAUUAACCAGUUAUUGCUCCUUCUGGAUGGAAUCCUUAAGUUAUGA